AGAGACGCUGAAGGAGGAAGAAUGAACCAUCUGCAUCUCUUUUCAUCUGACGUGUGUUUUAACCCUCAUGAUGGCGAGACUGAGCGAACACGGGAUCCGGCUGAGCUCUAUGAGCCCGUCGUACCUGGAGAGCAACUCCACCAGUCACACAUGGCCCUUCAGUGCGGUCGCGGAACUCAUCGAUAACGCAUCUGACCCAGGAGUCACAGCCAAGAACAUAUGGAUUGAUGUUGUGACGGUCAGAGAACAGCUGUGCCUCAGUUUUAUGGACAACGGGAGCGGUAUGACGCCCAACAAACUGCACAAAAUGCUCAGCUUUGGAUUCACUGAGAAAGGCUCCAGUAAAAGCAGUCAUCAGCCCAUCGGCGUAUACGGAAAUGGGUUUAAGUCAGGUUCAAUGCGUCUUGGCCGCGAUGCUCUGAUCUUCACAAAAAAUGGUGGCUGUCAGAGCGUGGGCAUGUUGUCUCAAAGCUUCUUACAGGCCAUUAAAGCUCAGGCUGUGAUCGUACCCAUCGCCCCGUUCAACCAACAGACCAAGGCGCUGGUGGUAACAGAGGAUUCAGAGGCGAGUCUGAGAGCCAUCCUGAAAUAUUCUCUCUUCCAGAGUGUCUCUGAGUUACAAGAGCAGUUGGACUCCAUUCAGGGCAAAAAAGGAACCAAGAUACUCAUCUGGAACAUCCGCAGAAAUAAAGAUGGAAAGCCAGAGUUUGACUUUGACACGGAUGCGGAGGACAUCCGUCUGCCAGAGAUCCAAUCGGAGGAGACGCAGGGAAAAUGGAGGAGAGAUUAUUACAAGCACCGCAGAGACAGUAACAGCGUCCCUGAGAUGGAGUUUUCUCUCAGAGCGUAUCUCAGUAUCCUUUACCUGAAGCCCAGGAUUCAGAUCAUUUUGAGACAGAAGAAAGUUCAGACUAAGCUGAUUGCCAAGAGUCUGUCCAUGAUCGAGAAUGAUGUCUAUAAACCCCAGUUCAUCAAUGAGAGAGUGAAGAUAACCUUUGGAUUCACCCAGAAAAAUAAGGAGCACUAUGGAAUUAUGAUGUACCAUAAAAACAGACUGAUAAAGGCCCAUGAGAAAGUUGGCUUCCAAGUCAAGUCGUCAGGUCAAAGGUCAGGGGUCGGGGUCAUCGGAGUGAUUGAGUGUAACUUCCUCAAGCCUGCUCAUAACAAGCAGGAUUUUGAGUACACCAAAGAGUACAGACUCACACUAGCUGCUCUUGGUCUCAAACUGAACGAUUACUGGCGUGAAAAGAAGGAAAAGAAAGCAAAAGAGAGAGCGUUUCAAGCCUUAGAGAGGAAAAGCCAAGAAGGUGAUACUGAGGAAACAGAGGAAGAGGAUGAGGAUGGUGAAGAGGAAGAGGAGGAAGAAGAAGUGGAUGUGAUGUGGAUUCAGUGUGAAGAGUGUUUGAAAUGGAGAGGAAUCUGCACUAACCUGUUUGCUGGAAGCGUUCCUGAUCGGUUCAAAUGCAGCAUGCACCCAAUAAAACGCUUACAGAGCUGUUUGUUACCAGAGGAACUGGAGGAAAAUGCUGAAGUCACAACACCCAGCUAUGAAAAAAUACUCAAAAAACAGGAACAUGCCUCCAUCAAGAAAAGAGGAAGAUCUCUGAAGAUGAGUAAAAGCCCAGUGCGUCCUCUCUAUCGAGGACAAUCUGAACCUGCAUCACAGAGCAAACAGGAUGAGGUCACCGUUACCAUGACGACAGAUACACAGGAUACAGAUGAGGAUGGAGUCAGCAUCGUUGUCACAGAAGAAGAGGAGUCUUCACCCUCCCCGAGAAAAAGAAGGAAAGAAACAUGUUCAGACAUUCAAAAGGGCAACAAGUCCCCAAACCAUGCUGAAGCUCCAGACGUCCCAUCUGAGGGAGAGACAGAAACAACGGACAAAGCGAAUGAAGGAUCAGAGACAAACAGCGGCACAUCACCAGUGGUGGAUACGGUGGCUCAGGAGGACAUUAUUCAGCCAGAAGCCGCUGUACUCGAGGGCCCUGUUGAGCCCCAGACAUCUCAGGGGCCGCAGAUGCCCAAAGAUCAACCCAGGAUCCCCUCUCACCCGCUCUCACCACACGCCUCCACAACCAUGACUCAGACAGUGGUCGUCACUCCUCUCAGCAGGCCGGGAUUUCAGCCCGUGUCGCCGUUACCGGCAGACGGUUCGGACCGCGUGGCGCUUGCUCAGAGACUUGCUCAGCUGGAGCGGGAAGCCAAGCGGCUGAAAAGAAUCCUGGGCAUCCGUGAACCAGAUGUUGCCAUGGUGACGGAGGCAGAAGGGGGUGGGCCUUCUGAUGUCACCACGGGUGAUUCAGUGUCAUGUGACCAAAAUGCGGAAAGAUUGAACCCAAUGUCAAAUGAGUCUAGGAGGGAGGAACUUUCUGUUUGUCAGAAAUCAGAGGAACAGGCCAACAGGCUUCCAUCCAGUUCAUCCCCCAUCCAGCAGGAGGCAGAAACAAGUCCGAGAGAUGAGCUGUACUGGAGCAAGACAUUAGCCAAACUCCAGGGUGAGAACCAGAGCCUGCUAACUGAUCUGAACGAGCUGAGAACAGAGAGAGACCAACUGUUGAACGGAGUGAGAGAGACAGAGAGAGACACUGAAGACAGGAGAGACCAGAGCACCAACACACCCAACCACACUUACAAUAGCAGUGUGACGCUGGAGAGGUUGCGGUCUGUCCGUCAGAAUGUGGUUGCAUUAUUGUCUUCCAUCCUACCGAACCUGGAUAUGCAGGGAAUCAGCUACGACACGAAUGAUGUAGACAGCAUCCUACAGCAGAUCAUACAAGCCAACAACCUGUGAUUUUUCAACCAGAUCACAGAGCAAUGGCUGUCUUAUAACACAAGCAUUUGGGAUCGAAACAUAACUUUUCUGAAGCCAAACAGAAGGUUGGAAGGACAGAAUUAUGACAGCUCAGUCACUGCAAAAUUGGCACAUGGAAAAAGCAGCAUUAAAAGGUCUUUUCUUUUCAUAAACAUAAAUUAUAUUGCAAGUUAAAGCUACUACACAUUUCUCACACAAACACACUCAAAUAAUUAUUCUCAAAGCCCACAUUCUUAGAACUUGAAUUUUGCAUGCAUGGAUCUGACCGAAACACUCGUCUCUCCAGUGCUGCAAGUUAAACUACUUUCACAAUCAUGUCACAAGCAUUUGAGGUUUCACACAGACACUUCAUCGCUUUUCAGUUCAGCUGCAUUGCUCUUCUAGCGCUUACUGUAAAUACGCACAUCUGCAGGCAGCUUUUUGAUAUAUUUAAACGUGCUAUUUUUAAAGGAAUAGUUCACCCCAAAAUAAAAAAUUGCCUGAAAUGUACUCAUCCUCUGGCCAUCCGAGAUGUAGAUGAGUUCGUAUCUUGAUGGGAAAAGAUUUGGAGACAUUUGUCAUUACAUCAGUUGCUCUCCAGUGGAUCCUGUGCAGUGAAUGGGUGCCGUCAGAAUGAGAGUCA